AUGAGGUUCUGUUCCAUCCUUGCCAUUCUUGGUGCUUUCUCAACCUCAAAUGCGCUGCUCACAAUCAAGAACAAUGAUUGUGUGACAUUCCUUCGUAACCUCUCACUUCCGGGAAACACUACGAUCACGAAUGCGACCCAUCACCAAGCUCACACUGUCAACGUCACCAAUGGAGCACAGAACAUCUACAACAAAUAUGCUUUCUGCGAGGUCGAUGGUACAGUCUCGUACGGCAGAAAUUCAACUUUGCACUUCUCGGUCUAUCUUCCAGAUGCCCUGUCCUACAGUGGCAGUUUCAUGGCCGUGGGGAACGGCGGUAUGGCUGGAACAUUGGACACAGUAGCUCUAAUGCAACAACUAAACUCUGGUUUUGCCUCUGCAGCCGGUGACGCAGGUCACCUCGCCAGUGUCAACAAUGCAGGUUCAGGAGCCCCGGAUACUUACAUACCUUACCUACACAACCCAGAUGAAGUCCAAGCGUGGAUUCAUAACGCUAUAUCUCUCUUCGUGCCAUCCACCAAAGCCAUCAUCAAAGCUUACUACAACAAAGCAGCUGAGUAUAGCUACUAUACCGGUUGCUCAACUGGAGGAGCACAAGGCUUUGCGUUGGCGCAAUUCCAUCCAGAGCUUNUUGACGGGAUUAUUGCUGGGUGUCCUGGGAACUGGUACUCGCAUCUUGCUCUCUCGUUCUUGUGGAAUGCGCAACAUGCAGUGCAGAACACAUCCUCCUAUCUCUCGCAGGAGGUUCUGAAUUUUACUGGGAAAGCAGUGCUGGAAGCUUGUGAUGUCGAUGAUGGUGUCAAAGAUGGAGUCAUCGAAAAUCCUCUGAAUUGCAACUUCACCAUCGACUCGUUGGCUUGCAAUGCCACCACCGCGUCUCGCAAUAACAGCAGUAUAUCCUGCCUUACCGCCAAUCAAAUCACAGCCGCAAAAGCAAUUUACUCUGGUCCCAAGAACGCCAAAACCGGAGAGUCUUUAUAUCCCGGAUUUGCACAUGGCUCAGAGAUCCAAUGGAUACUCCAAGAAGGCGACCUCGCCGAUGCCUUCUCAAUCCCAAUCCUCCAGAACCUAGUCUACGACAAUCUGACUUACGACGCAAGCACCUUCAACUGGGCAAGUGACGUGACCACCCUCAACACCAACGCUGGAGCCAAAAUUGACGCCAUAAGUACCAAUUUGACUGCUUUCCGCAACAGAGGUGGGAAACUCCUGGUCUACCAAGGCUGGUCCGAUCCCCUGAAUGCGCAAUUAUGGCCACUCCAGCAUUACGAAGACGUGCAGUCGUUCUUCGGAACCGACAUCUCGGACUUUUAUAACGUGUUUAUGGUGCCGGGAGGUGGACACUGCGGUGCUGCGAGUUUUUAUCCUCAGGUGCCUGCGACAUAUCAUACUGUCUCUGCAUUGAUGAAUUGGGUAGAGCGGGGGCAGGAGCCUCAAGAAGUAUUAACCACUGAUCCAGCUGAUGGAGAGACAAGGAGUAGGAAGCUAUGCGCUUGGCCGAGGGCUGCGGUGUAUGUGCAAGGUGAUGUAGAUGAUUGGACGUCAUAUGUUUGUGAAUAG